CAUAUUCUCAAACGCUGUGAUGUCAUUAUAUCAUCACUAGCAAACACAUAUACAAAUAAGAUUAAUUGCUUUGUUGUGCCACGCAUUACACAACAGUUGCCAAUUACACAAAUAGAUUACACAUUAAUAAACAUACCUUCACACAUUACAUUAGCUGAUCCAUCAUUUCAUACUCCUUCUCAAAUCGACAUGUUACUAGGAGCAGACAUUUUCUGGAACGUCUUAUGUUCCGGUACCAUUCCAUUAGGUAGAAACAAACCAACUCUUAGAGAAACAAAACUAGGCUGGUUAGUAUCUGGCACUAUACAAACAAAUUCAUUUAAAUCAAACGUUAAUCAGCAAUCAUAUCAUACAGUCCACUCUCAUUUUACUAAUACUAUCGAUGACGAAUGUUUACAAAAUCAUCUUACUAAGUUCUUCGAACUCGAAAAUGUACCGACACACGCUGCAAUAACUAAAGAAGAACAAAGGUGUGAACAAAUCUUUAUACAAACAACCUGUCGUCAAUCAGAUGGCCGUUUCAUUGUAAAUAUUCCAUUAAAAUCAACACCAGACGCUUUAGGUGAUUCUUACAAUCAAGCAUUAUCCAGAUUCUUAUCUUUAGAACGCAGGUUCCAACGUGAUACAAAUUUCAAAGCUUUAUACACAGAUUUCAUGAGAGAGUACAUUGAGUUAGGACAUAUGUCAGAAAACACAAAUCCACAGGAAGAUACACAAUCAUAUAUUUUGCCACAUCAUGGAGUAAUGCGUGAAACAAGCUCUACUACCAAGUUACGGGUCGUGUUCAAUGCAUCUGCAGUCACGACAUCUGGCGUAUCCUUUAAUGACAUUCAGCUAGUGGGUCCAACAGUACAAGAUGACCUCAUAAGCAUUUUAAUUAGAUUUCGUCAGCAUAAAUAUGUUGUCACUGCAGAUGUUGAAAAGAUGUACCGUAUGAUAAAUGUUAAUGAAAAUCAACGUAUCUUACAACAAAUAUUAUGGCGGUUUGAACCGACAGAUAAGUUAAAACAAUAUAAACUCAAUACAGUAACAUACGGCACAGCUUCAGCACCUUACUUGGCGACGAGAUGCAUUAAGCAAUUGGCAAAUGAAUGCUUAGAAGAGUCUGUAGCUGUAAUUAUUAAUCACGAUUUCUACGUUGAUGACUUGAUUACAGGCGCAGACUCACAAACUCAACUCGUGAACAACUGUAGAAGUGUAAAACAACAAUUAGGAAAUAGUCAGUUUCAUCUACGAAAGUGGAAUUCUAAUAAUCCACAAAUCGUUAAUCAAAUCGUUGGCGAAAAUGGCCGUGACUCAUUGCUCAACAUCAUAAAAAAUGAGUCUUCCAAAACGUUAGGAUUGCUUUGGAAUUAUAAAGAAGACAUACUGAUGUUUUCAUUUAACACAAUGCAACAUAAAGAAAUAACUAAACGUGAAAUUCUUUCUAUUAUCUCACAAAUCUUCGACCCAUUGGGGUUAAUUAAUCCAUGUGUGUUAGAAGCUAAAAUAGUACUACAACAAUUAUGGGCAUCUAAAUUAUCGUGGGACGAAAACGUCCCUGACAAAUUAAAAUCAACGUGGCUUAAAAUAAUGAGUAAUUUGUCAUAUUUGUCUGAUAUCAAAAUACCACGGCACAUUAUAUGUAACGACCCAGAGGUAAUCGAAUUACAUGCCUUUAGCGAUGCCUCUGUGCAUGCAUAUAGUGCAUGUAUUUAUCUUAGAUCCAUUGCUCAAAAUAAAAUCAUCUCUGUUCAUUUGUUGACAGCAAAAAGCAGAGUAUCACCUAUAAAACCGAUGACCAUCCCCCGCUUAGAGCUGUGUGGCGCUUUCCUUUCUGCCCGAUUGACAGAGAAAGUUAAAUCUUCACUAAGAUUGCAAAUAUCUAGCUGUACAUAUUGGUGUGACUCAACAAUUGUUUUAAGUUGGCUUAAAAUUACCAAAAAUCAGUUACUCAAAUCUUUUGUCAAUAACAGAGUAAGCGAAAUUUUAGAAACUUCUAACACAUCAGAAUGGCGUUAUAUACCCACAAAUUUAAAUCCUGCUGAUAUAGGGUCACGCGGUUUAAAUGCAAAACAGUUAAAAAAUUGCAAGUUGUGGUGGUCAGGACCAUCUUUUCUUCUUCAUCAAGAUAAAUCCACAUGGCCAACACAACCUACACAAAUACAUGAACACGACUUACCUGAAACCAAGGUUCAGUGUCACGUUAACGCGUCAUUGUCACAAUUUUCUUCGUUCAUAGAACGAUUUUCUGAUUUCAGCAAGUUACAGCGUGCUUCAGCAUACAUUUUGAGAUUCAUCUAUAAUUGUAGACAUCCUUACACAAAACGAAUAGGCUAUUUACAGAUACACGAGCUUCAGAAUGCUCACAAUAUGUUGUGUAAAAUCGCACAGGCUGAAUCUUUCAAACCCGAAUACAAUUUGUUAAGUAAGAAUAAAUUAUUGCCAUAUAAAAACAAAUUCUUAUAUUUGAACCCAUUUUUACAUUCAGACGGUUUAAUUCGCGUUGGAGGCAGACUAUCUAACUCAUACUAUGAUUAUGAUACAAAACAUCCGAUUAUGAUGCAUGCUUCUCAUUAUAUUACACAAUUAAUAUUUCGUUAUUAUCACAAAAUACUAAUUCACGGAGGUCCUCAACUACUCACAGCAAGCACACGUCAUAAAUACUGGACAAUAGGAGCACGUAAUCUCUCCAGAAAAAUUGUACACAACUGUGUCAAAUGUUGUCGAUUUUCGGGUAAAAGUAUUCAACCAAUUAUGGGAAAUUUACCUAAACAGCGUCUACACGCUGACUAUCCAUUCAUUAAUACAGCAGUUGACUACGCCGGGCCAGUCAUGAUAGUGAGUCGAAGUGGCAGAGGGUGCAAAUUAAUUAAAUCAUAUAUGUGUAUAUUUGUAUGUUUGGCAAUCAAAGCAGUACAUAUAGAACUGGUAACCGACCUGUCUAAGGAUGCAUUUAUUUCUGCUUUAAAUCGUUUCAUUUCUCGCAGGGGUAAACCCGUCAACAUUUUCUCAGAUAAUGGAAAAUGUUUCAUAGGCGCAAGUAAUGAAUUAGAUAAAUUUUUAAAAUAUAAUUCGGAUGAUAUUAGUUCUUACUUUGCUAAUACAAUGAUUAACUUUAAGUUUAGUCCAGCAUAUAGCCCUCAUUUCAAUGGGUUGGCUGAAAGCGCCGUCAAGGCUGUUAAACAUCACUUAAAAAGAGUAGUUUCCUUUGCACAUUUAACAUAUGAGGAAAUGAAUGCAUUAUUAAUACAAAUUGAGGCGAUUUUAAACUCUAGACCUCUCACUCCUAUUUCAUGUGAUCCCUCAGACCUAGAAGCGCUUACCCCUUCCCAUUUCCUUAUUGGACGUGCACUCACUCUGUUACCUUCUCCACAAACCACAGUCACUGAUUAUGCCAAGAUCUGCACGCUCUCACGUUACAUGAGAAUACAAGUGCUGAAGGCUCAUUUUUGGAAUAGAUUUUAUAAAGAAUAUAUUUCAGAACUCCAGACCAGACACAAAUGGAAGCAAACUAACGGACAACUUCAAAUCGGCGAAAUGGUGCUAAUUAAAGAUGACCGUUUGCCGCCAAGUCGCUGGUUGCUCGGGCGAGUGACCACUCUUUAUCCUGGGUCAGAUGGCAUCACCCGUGUUGCUGACGUGCGAACCGCAACAGGAACUCUUCGACGCGCAUUCAACAGACUGUGUCCACUGCCAAUAUUAAUACACCCGGAGGUAGCAGACCAAGAUCUUCCGCAGUCUUCGUGUGCUGAUGGAGGACAACCUUGACUUUGCUGGGGCGGAAAUAUGUUACGGCUUUGUGUCGUGCAUCUCGCUCACACAUUCCAGCGCGUUGUCUGUGACAGCUGCCACCGUUUAUAGUUUUAAUUGUCAGUACAAUUACGAUCGUCCUACUGUAUAGCCACCCAGGCAAAAUUAAGUAUCUUACUGCC